GGGGUGUAACCUUUCAGCCCAAAGCCGAGGAAUAAACUCAUAUUUCCGGAAUAGAAACCUGCUUCAUUUCGUCUGUAUGAAUUAGAGACAGCAGAUUUUCCUCAGUCAGAAGUAAUCUUUGUGAACAUUUUUUUGGUCCAUUUUUACACUUGAUCAGAGAAAGGUCAAGAAGCAAGAUAACUUUGACUAUGUCUAACGAAGAAACACCAGAUGGCCAAAUUGGAGAAGCACUCUUAAUGAUGGUGGUUAAGGAUCAGGCGGCGGGCAUUAUUCAAGGAGGAACCCUCUCUCUUCCAUGCCUCCCAAAGGUUCAACCUUUACCCGAUGUGCAGAGCCAGAAGCUGGUGGAUCAGCUGGCUCAGUCAGUGAAAAUGAUCGGUGACCACUUAAAUCAGGAACAAACCUUUAAUGACCAGAUCGAUGGUUUAGCACGUCUGGGUGAUAAGACGAUUUUUCCCAAGCUUGUGGAGGGCGUCUUCAACGAUGGUCAGAUCAACUGGGGAAGAAUCAUUGUGCUGUUCUGCACAGUCGGAAAGCUGUCUGUUAAGAUGGUUCUGGCUAACUUGCCCGGAGUAUUUUCCGAAAUCCUGGAUUCAUGUUUGGAUUUCUUCAGGAUGAAGCUCUUGGUAUGGAUUCGCAACAUGGGCGGAUGGAUUAACAGCAUCUCAGCGCUGACCCAGUUCUCCAUCGAGCACGUCUCUGUUUCCUCCUUCUGCACCAUCAUGUCUGCUGAACACAUUGUGGCCUUCGUCUGUGGGCUUCUGCUGGGUAGCGCCAUCUUCUGGAAACUCAGCAGAAACUGCUGAGAGAGAUGGAGAAAGAGAACAAGAUACACUGUGACGAAUGUGUUUAUAAAAAUGUGACACUUCCAGAACUUUCUACAGUUUAGUACUCGAUAUGUAAAUAUUAAUUCUGUUCAAAGUUUUAUUCUUUAGUUUAAAAUGUUUGUCAUCUACAACAAAGCACAUGGUGUGCACAUUCAGGGAGCAGGUGGGUAAUUUUUGGCACCCUCUGCUGCCUGAAAGACAAAUUGCAAUGAAACUACACUGAAAAGUUUGACAGACUUUUCCGGAACAGACAGGUUCCCAGUCCUACUCCUGGAGUAUUCCGGGUCAUGCACAUUUUAGUGUUUACCUGCUUCCCACCUGAUUAAAGUGGUCACCUCAUUA